GCAGGCGCAGUAGCUUUGAUGGGACUUCCGGGAACGUUCCCUGAGACUUUUGUGGCGCUGGUUGCCGCUUCAGACAGGACGGCGACCGGGAGUCAGGGCGCGUUUUAGUUCGCACGGAUCCCGGCGGUGUGAUGCGGUACAAUGAGAAAGAGUUGCAGGCGCUGUCCCGUCAGCCGGCAGAGAUGGCCGCCGAGCUAGGCAUGCGGGGUCCCAAGAAAGGCAGCGUGGCCAAGAGGCGGCUGGUGAAGCUGGUGGUCAACUUCCUCUUCUACUUCCGCCCGGACGAGGCCGAGCCCCUCGGAGCACUGUUGCUGGAACGCUGCAGAGUGGCCCAGGAAGAGCCCGGCGGCUUCUCCAUCAGCUUUGUGGAAGACCUCAGCAGGAAGUAUCACUUCGAAUGCUGUAGCCAAGAGCAGUGUCAGGAGUGGAUGGAGGCUCUUCGCCGGGCCAGCUAUGAGUACAUGCGACGAAGCCUCAUCUUCUACAGGAACGAAAUCAGGAAGAUGACAGGCAAGUCAGCAUGCACCCCCCACAGGAUCCUUUGGAGCAGUUCGGCAUCUCUGAGGAGGCCAGGUUCCAGCUGAGUAGCCUGCCUACGGACGGGCGGACCGCUUGUAUCGGUUCCCAGCUAGAUGUGUUGGACUGACCUUUGCCCGGCCUCUGGCUAUCUUUGAAGGUGUUUUUUAGAAAUGUCUGUUCAAAGCCAGAGGUCCAGAGGAGGUGGGCAAGGACUAGAAUCCUUGUUCCCAUGCCAUCUCCCUGUCAGUACCCUUGAGUGCCCCCAACUGGGGACUGAGCCUGGCACAGCUCCCCUGUCCGUUAUUGGGUGAAUGUAUCAUGCUAGGUAAAGCUGUGAACCCCACUCCUGCUGAUAGAGCAGGCCAUGGUGCUGGCCUUCAGUCCUGAGCCCGCUAUAUAAUAAAGGUACCCCUUUUCCAA